AUGCUAACGCGUUACUUACAGACCCACCGUCGUGACCAGCUUAUCGAAUGGAUCAAAGGCCUGCUCGCGGUGCCUUUCGUGCUGAACUCUCGCCCUGCCGCCGCCUAUGAAGAGCACCUCACAGAGCACACGGCCACCAUCGCCAGCAUGGCCCGUUCUGCUCACCAGCGUUAUGCUGACAUCUUCCGAGACGUGGAAGACUUAAUCAACGACCACAUCGCCCAUCAAGCCAUCACCCCAGAGGGAACCGCCGUACGGUCCAAAUUGUCCAUGCUGGUGCCCAGCAUCUCCACCUUCUUCACACCCCUCGCCCUCGAAUCCGCGUUCAAGCACGAAGACAGCCUACGCUCUAUCUCCUCACGGCGCUUCGUGCCGCCGUCCUUCAACGAUAUUCGCCUCAUCCUCAACACCGCACAGAUUAUGUCACUCAUCAACCCAACCCACCCCUCACGCGAUGCCGACACCGAUCCCACCCCGUCCGCCCCGCUCCUCAAGCUCCUGACCUUCGAUGGCGAUGUCACGCUCUAUGACGACGGCGCCUCCCUCACCAGCCCCGAAGCCGACCCCGUCAUCACGCGCCUCCUCCACUUCCUCGCACACGACGUCCGCAUCGGCAUCGUCACCGCCGCGGGCUACACCCAACCGCAAAACUACUUCUCACGCCUCUCCGGCCUCCUCCUCGCGAUCCGCACCUCCCCCACCCUCACCCCGACCCAAAAAUCCAACCUCAUCGUCAUGGGCGGCGAAUCCAACUUCCUCUUCGUCUACGACGACACGGCCCCACACUGCCUCCGCCCCAUUCCACGCCGCGACUGGAUUUUGGACGCGAUGCAAACCUGGACCGAAAGCGCCAUCCAAUCCCUCCUCGACAUCGCCGAGCAGGCCUUCCACUCGUGUAUCAAGACCCUGCAGCUGAAAGCCAACGUGCUGCGAAAGGAGCGCGCCGUCGGCAUCUACGCCGCCGACCAGACCGCCAAGCUCUCGCGCGAGCAGCUCGAAGAGACCGUGCUGGUCGUGCAGCAGGUCGUCGAAUCCAGCCUUUUACCGCCCCUCGACCGCCCCGCAGGCUCUUCCUCUUCCUCAUUUGGCCCCACUGCUGUUGCAGCAGCAGCUGCUGCUGCGUCGUCGUCGUCGACCACGAAGCCCCCGACUCCCCCGCUUCCGCCGCACGCAGGCAUCCCAUUCACGGUCUUCAACGGCGGGGCCGACGUCUUCCUCGACGUCGGCGACAAGAGCCUCGGCGUACGCGCAUGUCAGAAGUGGUUCGGCGGCAUCAAGCCGCAGGAGACGUUGCACGUGGGCGACCAGUUCCUCAGCGGCGGGGGCAAUGAUUUCAAGGCCCGCAGUGCGUGCUGCUGCGCGUGGAUCGCGAGUCCCGCUGAGACGGUGGGGUUGUUGGAUGGCAUUAUCGGGCUGGCGGGGAAGAAUUGA